AUGUCCUCCUCUGAGACCCCUAUCGACUACAGCCUCGAGUUCGAGCGCGACGCUGACGGCAACCCUAUUGGAGACCAAUUCACAAGCUUCAAGAUGACGGCUCGUGCCAGAGCCUGCCGCCGGCAGAGUUUCAUCGAAGCCACGAAACACCGAACACCUACUGCCCAACUUCCGGAUGACGGCAAUGUCAGCCGAAAUAAGGAUGCCGAUAUCCUGCACUUUGGUUUUGCACUCAGCGUCGAGCAGAUCAUGCGCUCCGCCGAAAAACAUGAUCUCUUCAUGAAGCCCCGGUCUGACGAUCCGGACCUCGUGUACAUCUCCGCCAUACCUGGCAUGCGCGUGCACCUGGCGAAAACGUGUAAUGCGGUGCUAUUUUACCAUAUGCCAUUCACCGUGACCGGCCAACCGUGCAUGUUCGCGCUGUAUUCCAACUACACGAUGGAAAGGUACCAGCUGUGCGAACAGGACGAGAAGGAGGUGAUCGAGAUCCUCCAGACGGAGCUAGGAAUUGUCGAGGACCCGAUGUGGUACUGGGACAGAUGCCACAAUCCUUGCAGCCAAAUGCUGAAGGACGAUACAAUCGGGUCUACCCUCUUAUUGGCUUUGCCCCCUUACCGUUACUGUGCCAUUGCUUGCAUCGUACACCAGCUGGGCUUGCACAGCGUCGCCGCGCUCAACUCACAGGAGUUUCGCUCUUCCUCCCCCGUCUCCGCGCACGAGGGACGAGAGCUCAAAUCCGCCCCGAGCUCCGGCGCGCUCGCAUGCCCCAGAGGAGGCCGCGGGGGCGCGUUUGCGCGUGCGUGCGCCGGCCGCGCGAGACGAGCAAGCGGCGAGCGUUCGGGGCCAGCGGGCCAGCCCGUCGAGAGAGAGCCAGCGUACACGUCCACGGGCGUUCACCGACGCCGAUCGUGCGCGACUCGCACCUCGCACCUCACACCAUCUGGUGGAUAG